CGGUAAGUGACACAAAAGCAAAGGGAAAAUUUCUACGUACGGUUCGUGUGCUGUGUGUUCAAAUUACAAAUAGCCAAUUAUCCGGCAUUAAUCGUAUUAGGGCUCUCUUGAUUUUAAUUGUAUUAUAUUAAACUAUAAUACAGAUAUUAAACCGAUCCGAUCGAGUUUAACGGAAAUCGACGCGAUUGCCAUCAAGGUGGUCCGUACCUAAUAAGUGUUCACGAAUGAGAGCAAAGCAGAUGGCGGAGAGCGUCCCGCGUUUCAAUGUGUGUGUGCGUAAACGAGUAGAAAGCGGCGGUAAAAACCUUCUCGUGUAACACAAAACAAAUUAUAAAAAACAUAUAAUCUCAAUAUCAAAACGCUACUAUAUCGUCCAUUGAAAAACAAGUACGAAGCGUACGCAGGGAAAUUGAAAAAUCCAUUGAAAAUCGAGAGCAACAGUCGCCGGAGCGGAAUCAGCGGACGAAAACAAAAACGCUUUAAAAACGCAGCCGAUACAGAAAGUGCCAGCGUGUGAGUGUGCAUAUGUGUACGUAGUUGUGGGCAAAGAGAACGUCGAAGAAUAAGAAAUUGAAAAAAAAAUAAAGACUAACUGUGGAAGUGAAAAAUGCGCGACUGAUAAAGAUUGUGAUAAUCACGGAAUAUAACAAGCAAAAAAGAAGAAUGAAAAGAAACCGCAACCAAAUUGGUUGAAUAAUAUUUAAGCCAACGCCAGUGCUGCAUAAAUCGGUGCACAUUAUCAUUGGAACGUUCAGUGUUGCACAUCGCUACCGCCGCACGCAUAAUCCAACACUCUUCCCCCUCCCCACCCAGAUCCACCCACUCACACACACUCCGAUUCGGAUUUCUUCGUCUGCAUUAUAAUAUUGCGCUUAUAUUCUUUCGCGAGCUCAACGAUGCGCCACGAUCAGUCCCUGGACCUUUUUAUUUUUUUUUGUUAAUUGCUGGAAUAUCAUCCAUUGAUUACGUGAGGAGCACGUAGAGCAUUAUUAACGGCAUCUUUGACGGAAGAAUCCAGCCAUGAGUCGCCUGCAAAAGCAAAACUACGAAAUCUUAAGCGGUACAAGUACGUCGCGUCUCAAGAAUCAUCAACAUCCCCGUGAAUCGGAGUCACUAGCCUACGACGAGCCAGAUCAAAUGGUGCGGAAUCAUCUGAAUGGCCAGCUGGUAGCCAAUGGCAAGGGCAAAACGCUUAAGAAUAGCAAUUCCGAAACGUUGACCAAUGGCAGAAAGUCCAAACUGAAUGCGGAGGGAUCCGGCUCUGGUUCUGGAAAGACCUUGAACUACAACAACAAUAACAAUAACAACAACAGCAUCAGUGUCACCAACGGUCAGUACACCAAUAGCAACAGCAAGACCACGUCAGCAUCUGCAAGGGAUUACACUUACCGCGAGACCAUAUCACCGCCCACACCUCCAUCCCCGCCCACCACUAAUGUGGCGGAUAUUGUUUGCAUAUCGGAUGCGGAGAGCGAUGAUGGGCGCUACCCCGAGCGGGAGUACUACGACCAGGACAUGGAGGAGGAUGAGCCGAACGGGAUGGAGAUCGAUGAAUCGAGCUCCAGCUUAUCCAAGGCCAAAUCCAACAAUGCAGCUGCUGCGGCGGCGGCGGCUGCAGCAGCAGCGGCAGCAGCAGCCUCGAAGGCCUCCUCGUCGACCACGCCCUCCUACGCCAUGCCCACCAGCAAUAGUACACCCCUUGAUCUGGACAAUGAGGCCCAUCAACGGGACCUGGAGGCGGUCACCGAUCUGAAAUACUACGUAAAAUUGUACAGUGAUGAGGCCGUUAGUCUGAAUGAUUUCAAAAUCAUACGCGUUCUAGGAACAGGUGCCUAUGGGCGGGUUUUCCUCGUGCGCAAGCUAACUAGACACGAUGCCGGAAAAUUGUAUGCAAUGAAGGUUCUCAAUAAGAUAACGGUGGUCCAGAAGCGAAAAACCGCGGAACACACCAAAACGGAGAGAGUGGUACUGGAGGCCAUUCAACGUAAUCCCUUCCUCGUGAGUCUGCACUACGCCUUCCAAUCCUCCUCAAAGCUUUAUCUCGUGCUGGACUUUGCCAAUGGCGGUGAGCUCUUCACGCAUCUCUACCACUCUGAGAACUUUGAGGAGUCCCGGGUGCGUGUGUACAUAGCCGAGGUGGUGCUGGCCCUGGAGCAACUGCAUCAGUUGGGGAUCAUCUAUCGAGAUAUUAAGUUGGAGAAUAUUUUGCUUGAUGGCGAGGGGCACAUUGUUCUGUCCGACUUUGGACUGUCGAAGAUCCUUACCGCGGAGAAUGAAUACCGUGCGCAUAGCUUCUGCGGCACUCUGGAGUAUAUGGCACCUGAGAUAAUCCGUACGGGUCCGCCGGGACACGACAGUGCCGUAGACUGGUGGUCGGUGGGUGUGCUCACUUUUGAGCUGCUCACCGGCGCUUCGCCAUUCGCCACGUCCGACGGCCAGGCCCAGCAGUCGGAAAUAUCGCGGCGGAUUCAGAAGGAGCAGCCGUUGAUCCCCUCAUCGUUCAGUGCCAACGCCCGCGACUUUGUGCUAAAGAUGUUGGAAAAGAAUCCAAAGCGGCGCUUAGGUGGCAACCAUCGCGAUGCCAGCGAAAUCAAGGAGCACCCCUUCUUCAACGGCAUUAACUGGCAGGAGCUGCGGACAAAGCGUCGCAAGGCUCCCUAUAAGCCCACCCUCACCGCCGAGGACGAUGUGCAGAACUUCAGCAACGAGUUUACCGACCAAGUGCCCGAGGAUCCCGAAUGCGAUGCCCCGCCCAGCCGGAUACGACUAUUUCGCGGCUACACGUAUGUGGCGCCAGAGCAUUUGGAGCAGAUGCGACGGGAUAACCACUGUCAGAUCCAAUACUGUAAUACAGGACUUCAGAAUAUACCCUGUCGGCCAGAUGAUCUUGAAUUGGGCACCCGUACUUCAAGCGGAGCCUAUGGCACUUGCCAUUUUGUGGUGGACAGCUCUACGGAUUUGGUGUUCUUGGCCAAAAUAAUACCACUAUCCAAGUUCCGCCCCUCCGAGGUCGACGCGCUGAUCUCGUGCGCUCUCGACACGACCAAUCACAAGAACAUCGUAAGCUACCAUGGAACGUUCAGGGAAAAGUGCGAGACAUGGAUCGUUAUGGAGUACCUGUCCGGCCCGGAGCUGACCGCAUCCCUCGGCAUGGAUGAGGAUUCGUGUCGGGAGAUCUUUCUGCAGCUGGUCAUGGCUGUGCGGCACAUACACUCCAAGCACUUUAUACACGGUGACCUGAAGCCGGAGAACAUAAUGUUCGAGAACGGAGAGGAUAGGACUGUCAAAGUGAUCGAUUUUGGCAGCGCAUGUUAUAAUAAUCACUUUAAGAGCUGGAAGGACAAGCCGCGUUACACGCUGGACUAUGCUCCGCCUGAAAUGCUCGCGGAUGCGAAUCUCGUCACUUAUUCGCCAGCCGUGGAUAUAUACGGUCUUGGGGCCACGCUGUAUACCAUGCUGGUGGGUCAUCGGCCGUACAGACAGAACGAAGACGAUGUGGAUCACUCCGCAGCGGCCCAUCACGAGCUUCGCAAGCGAAUGCGCCGGGAAACGUUUAAUCAGCGUUCUGUGCGCUGGGAAAGUGCAAGUCCUGCGUUCCGACAUUUGGUUAGCUGGUGUCUGCAGCGGGAUCCGGCUGAUCGGCCCACAGUGUCAGAUAUUCUCGACAGCGAGUGGCUGCAAUACGGCUCAAAUGAUCCGGACGUGGAUAUCAUAAUGCCGCAACAGAUGGUUGUGGACCUCAGCGAAGACACUAUGGAGCAACCGACGGCAGGUAUGUUAGACGAUCAGGAACAAAUGGAAUUCACGCACGAUAAGUCGACGGAGGAUGAGGGCAUAACCCUAGUCAGCGAGCCCAUGGAAGCUACUGUCGCGACUCAAGAAUCUUGGAAAAAUGCAGCCGCAUUUUCGUCGGCAGUUGCUCCAACCGACGACGAGAUAGUGCACGAACGAUUUGACCCGGCAUUUGAGGUCCAAGCGGACUUCUACGGUUUCGACGAGUAUGAGCCGCCUCUGCCUCUUCCCGAGGAGUACUACUCCGAACUACCUCUGCCUGAGGAGGACCGGCAGUACAUGCCACCUCCAGCAGCUCCGAUUCCUGUUGAACCAGAAACGACCUUCCGACGGCCAAGAACGCGCCAGCAACGUCGCACUGAGAGCCAGAUAAUACAACCUGUUUCCCUCGCUACUCAUGAGGACAGCAAGGCGUCCCUGCGCGUACUAAUGCAGCAGCUGCCGCCGCCAGGUGACAAUACGGUCAAUACGGUAGCACGCAUUCCGAAGAGAACCCAGCGAGUCGUACGUACAUUGCCUCCGUCCUUUGGAACCACCAAGCGAGAUGAGAAUUUCAAUGGAUUUAGUAAGACAGCAAUAUCGUGGCGAAAGACUCGGGCCAGCUGGCGUCACUUCUGUCUGCUUAUCAAUGGUGUGCAGCAGGUGCUUAAGAUUCGGUUCAAAAAGGCGCGUCGCGUCUACUGCCUGCCCCAUAUAAAAGAGGAGAAACUUGAUCAUGCGUACGAAAAACCGCUGACGUUCCCGCGGCCCAAGGCGCAACUGAAGCGCACCAAGCGGGAGCCCAAGGUGCCGCGGCCACCGACACGAGUGCAGCCGGAGAGGGCGCGGGCGCUGCGCCAACUUUAUCAGUUCCAAUGACAUGAGGAUGACGACGGCGAUGAUGUGGAGGUGGUGGAAACCAAGGAGGAGCCGCUUAACGAGGGAGUGGAGCAACUGCGAGCGGUGCUGCAGUGGGAGGGCGACUUCAGAAGGCCACGGAUGUACAGCUGACCACACACAUCGACCCAAUGGCCCAUUCAGGACAACGACAACCAGACGCCGGCCAAAACAGAGGGUGAAGAACCAGCGGGUUUCAGCGACCCGCAAGAAACCCACUAGCCCCCCUCACUGAGGGGGAAGGAUCCGCAAGACGCACCAAAGAUCCUGUCAAUACAGUUUUUCAAGUUUGUUAUUCAUUAGGUUAAGAUUCAGAACUCAUUUCGCUUAUUGUUUUUUCAAUCACGAAAAACGAAAACCAACUUAACGUGUACAUCUUUAGAAGGACGGUCGGUGUAUUCAAUAUGCAAUUUGUUGUGCUAGUUAAUUAUUUGAAUAGCUUAAAUGUAAAAAGUCAGACACAAAAACGGGAAUAUAACAAAGGCAACUUUUGCAUUGAUCUUAGUGCGAUUAAGACAUACAAAAAUAAAUACCGACAACAACCAACUAAUAUGAUAAUAAGAUUUGCAAUUAGUUUAGUGCAAAAUUAGGCUUAAGACAAAAUUGAGAAAGAUAUUCUUACGGCCCCUUAUAUACACCCCACACACAGUUUGCUUUAAGUUGUGCUUUAUGUUAAGUUAUAUACUUUAUUCUAAACUGUCCCUGAACUAACUAAGAAAUACUUCCAAGCAUGUAUUGCCAAAUUCAAUAGGAAUUAGCUAACCCAUUUAAUUUGAAUUGUGCUUGGAAAUGUUACCUAAUUGCAUUCAAAUCAUUUCAGUUAAAACUAUCGGGAUAAAGAAGGAUCGCCCGAAGAGCCAUUUGCACAUGAAAUUGCGAAGUUCUUUUUUGAGAUCGUGUUCGAAAAUAAAGCGUUUUUCGCACACAAAACUCAACUAUUGGGAAUCGUGAAUAGUCGUAGACAUUUGUUAAUGGCAAACCAAGAUUUAAUUGUUUUGUUAAGUAUUUUUGAUUGUAUAUUUUUUAAUUUUUUGCGAAACCUGUAUCUAAAUAAGAUAAAGCAAUGGAUAGCGAUGAAAUCUAAAUAAAAUUUAAACAAUUACAUUAUAUUAAA